AAAAGGAGAGAGGGGAAGAAUUGUGUACAGAGGGCGCUCGUCUCCGUUAGCUGUUUUCGGGGCCUUGUUGAUAUGUCAACACGUAAUUCCAAUCGCCCAGUAAAAGAGUUAAAAAGUUGCUUAAUAUCACGGAAUUAGUGGGCAUUGAUUCAUCAUUAAUUGUUUGCAUGGUGAAACUGUACGGGAUUCGUGUAAAAACCGUUGGUGACUCACAAGAUUCGUAGUGUUUUCGAGUGGGAAAGUUUCAGUUUGCCGUGCGAGACACCCGCCAUCACUGUGUACAGAAAAGUGUAUAUACGCCGUGUGUGUGUGUCGUGUUGUGUCGUCUGGCUCGUGAAAAAAAAACGCCAUGGCAGCACACAAAAACAAUUUAAAAGCUGGGUCCUAGUGAAAUUUAUCAAAUAUAUUCAAUCUCUUGACUGUGUAGAACAAGAAACAAAGCAUAAAGAACAAGUUUAGACUUCCCCUCAUUGGACUGUUUUGAGAAAAGGUGAUCAUCGCUUGUGCAGGAACUCUUAAACGACAAAUACCAAAGAGUGUUUUCAAGUGAAUUAGGCAGUGUUUGUGUGUGAACCAGCAAAAAAGACAAGAAAGAACAGGUUUUUUUCGGAGAGAAGAAAAGCCGCGCAUCACCUCAUUUGACCCCGCCUCCAACAGUAUUGAAAAGGUUAAAAGAGGUCAUCGAGUGACCUCUGCUGAAUGGCGAUGGAAAGUUCCGUUCUGGUCCAGCCUAAGCGACCCGACUGGCACAAGCAUGAACAGAUGCAAAUCCACCACACUAAAAGUAUGCCUUUUCUCAUUUUAAACGAAUAUUUUAAAAAUGAAUCAAGUUGGUCGCCAGGAAUUUUCCCCCCAACGGAAAACGAAUAAUGAAUUGAUUCAUUUGGGGUGAGCUUUUCGUGUGUGUUUGACACGGUCGUCAUGCAAAGUCAGGGAGUAGGAGAGAAGAAAUCACGUGAAAAUUCCGGUCGCUUCUAUUUAUUCCCUAACGGCAGGAUUCUCCUCCUUGUUGUUGUUUUUGUUGUUUUUUGCAGUCGGGGCAUUUUUUCUUCUUCUUCAUUUUGUUUCUCCCCUACCCAAUUCCUACUCUUUGGUUGAGUGGACCGGAAGUCUCGUACCACCACCACUACCACCACAGACAAGACACAGGCGCUGGUACUACUCCCGAAAAUGGAUCGAGAGGCCAGAGUAUGUGGAAUGCCAGACAUUUUCUCUUUCGUCUGGCUUUGCAAGCAACGGGAUGACUACAGCUGGGCGGGUGGGGAAGAUAAAUAAAUGGAAUCAUUAUUCCGUUCCAUUUCUAAAAAAAGAACCUCGAUGUUCAGGAGAGAGAGAAAAAAAAAAGGAAUGCCGUGUCAAAAUUUGUGUGUCUGGUUCAUUAAGUCGUUUCAAUGACGGUCACUGGCUGGCUGACUCAAGUGCGUCACGUCGUGACGUCAUUUCCGGUUCAGACGGGGCUAGACUGCGUCAUCAAUCGGAGGUGUUGCGACGGCGGUACUCCCCCCGCCAAUUUCACCAUCGACACAUGCCCAACGAAUUGUUUAUCUUUUGGAACAGGUUCAUCUUUUUUCUUCUUAGAGGCCAACGACGAAUCGACGAAAAUUGUGUGAUUCAUCAUUGAUCUUUUACACGCCAAAUACCGAAACGGCCUCGUUGCUGCUCGGCGCGCAUGCGUUUUUCGUUUCCGUCUCAGCCCUGGGAUGCCUGGCCACAACUAGAGUGUGUGUGUGUUGUCCAUCCCUGGGUGUUGUUUCCCGGCGGGUCGUUGAUCGACAGACGGGCUCGUAUAUAUGGCCUCUUCUCUCUCUCUCUCUCUUUGCCGUCUAGCCAUUUUCUCCUCUUUCUCUUGCCCUUCUUCUUCUUUUCUUCGUGCUGGCCGCCGCCGCCGUCACGCUGCUUCCCCUCCUUGUUCACGUCUCUUGCACCAACUUUUCAUCAGACUCUCUCUUUCACUGUCUCUUUUCUCCCUCCUGGCGCUCACGGCGGCUAAGAGUACUCGGCCGUCGGAUGGGGAAAUCGGGGCGGAGUCAGACGCCAAGUGAACUGAAAAUAGGGACCGUUUUCGUGCCAUCUGGCGGCGGAACAAGUUGUUCCCUGAACGACGCCGAUACACACGCACACAUAUAUGAGAGUUUGGGGGGGGGCGGUCGGUUGGAGAUUCCGAACAAAUUCCGACGGGGACCGAUCAUUCCGUUAUUUGACAAAAUUGUAUUUAUUUAUAAAUAUAUCUACACACACUCUCGACACGACAAACAAGAGAUAAACAUGGGCUCGUUACCAUGCGGAGGAGAACAAGAAGCGACGGUCGAAAAUAGUUUUCACGAAAAAUACCUAAACAUAAAUUUUUGCCUCAUAACUUUUGUGUGUGUGGCGCAUUUUUCAUCAUUUCUUUCUUCUUCUUCUUUCGUUUCUUUCUUUCGCUCCCGGUUGGUGACUGUCCUUUCCGAAACGGAACCAGCCGGCGAGUGUAUAGUCGUCUCGUCUUCAUCUUCGUCGUCGUCAUCCGGUCGUCCGAGUGGCAACAGCGGCGUCGUUAGCAGCGGCGGCGGCAACAACAGCAGCAGUGCUAACAACAGCACAGCCGUCUAUGGCCGGCUGGUGCCCGAAGAACAGCUGGCAGCCCUUGGACGAGGAUUGUCCGUCAUCAAUCCUAAUGCCGCAAUCAAUUCCUCCUCCUUAGGGAGUUCCUCACUCUCUUUCGGUGGUGGAGCUGGAUCUGCCUCGACGUCAGCCGCCGGCUCUUCCUCCGACUUGCAGACGAUGCAGUCGCGAAUACCUCGUCAGUUUAGAGACCCUGCCUCGGCUCCUCUGCGAAAACUUUCCGUAGACCUCAUCAAAACCUACAAACACAUCAACGAAGUUUAUUAUGCCAAGAAAAAGAGAAGGGCGCAACAGCAAGCCCCAGGCGAAGAUUCCGGUCAGCAGCACAACAAGAAGGAGCGCAAGGUGUACAACGAUGGCUAUGACGACGACAACCACGACUAUAUCGUCCGGCAUGGCGAACGCUUUCUCGAUCGUUACGAAAUCGACUCACUCAUUGGCAAGGGCUCGUUCGGUCAAGUGGUCAAGGCCUACGAUCACGAGGAGCAAUGUCAUGUGGCCGUCAAAAUCAUCAAAAACAAGAAACCUUUUCUCAAUCAGGCCCAGAUCGAGGUCAAAUUGCUCGAGAUGAUGAACAAGGCCGACGCUGAGAACAAAUAUUAUAUCGUGCGGUUAAAGCGCCACUUUAUGUGGCGCAACCACCUGUGCUUGGUGUUUGAGCUGCUGUCGUACAAUCUGUACGAUCUGCUGCGCAACACCAACUUUCGCGGCGUCUCGCUCAAUCUGACUCGCAAGUUUGCCCAGCAGUUGUGCACCGCCCUGCUUUUCCUCUCCACGCCUGAACUGAGUAUUAUACACUGCGACCUCAAGCCAGAGAACAUCCUCUUGUGUAAUCCCAAGAGGUCGGCAAUCAAAAUUGUCGAUUUUGGCAGCUCCUGCCAGCUCGGCCAACGGAUAUACCAGUACAUCCAGUCACGGUUUUACCGAUCACCAGAAGUGCUCCUAGGCAUCCCCUACGAUUUGGCAAUUGACAUAUGGUCAUUGGGGUGUAUCCUGGUGGAAAUGCACACGGGAGAGCCGCUAUUUUCAGGCGCCAACGAGGUGGACCAGAUGAACAAGAUUGUCGAGGUGCUGGGCAUGCCACCACGGGCCAUGCUCGACUCGGCUCACAAGACCAAAAAAUACUUUGACAAACUACCCGAUGGCUCCUACGUCCUCAAGAAAUCCAAAGAGGGCAAAAAGUAUAAAGCGCCGGGCCAUCGCCGCCUUCACGACAUCGUCGGUGUGGAAUCAGGUGGUCCUGGGGGUAGAAGAUCGGGUGAAAUCGGACACUUUGUAUCGGAUUACCUCAAGUUCAAGGAUUUGAUAUUGCGGAUGCUGGAUUACGACCCCAAGACGCGUAUCACACCUUAUUAUGCUCUGCAGCACAAUUUCUUCAAGCGGACGGCCGAUGAGGGCACCAACACGCACAACAAUUCGGCCUCUACCAGUCCAGCCAGCAUGGCGGAUCAUUCCAGUCAGGCGGUGAUGGCGGCGGCAGCAGCGGCGGCGGCUGCCGCAGAAAGUAGAGCGCGGUCGGAUCCGAGUCACGGUGGUCCCGUCAAUUAUUCGGCCAUCGUGUCGGGCUCGUCGACAGCCUCGACAGCAGUCCAGUCUUCUGCUAUGGAGUGCGAAAGUCCCAGAGGUCUACCUCCUUACCUGCACCAGCAGCAACAACAGGGAUCACGGCCGCAUCCUCACCACCUGCCCACUUACUCCAACUCUUCGUCGUCCUCAUCAGCGGCGGCGGCCGCCGGAAGGAGAUACGCGUCUCAUCUGGAUGCAAGUGGUGGUGGUGGUGGUGUAGGACUUCAAGUGCUGAAUAGCGGCAAUCCAAGUGUCUUUGCGUCCGGAUCUUCGGCGUUCAUCGGAUCAAGCUCGGCUUUCUCGGUGGGUAGCAACAACGCGGCCACGUACAGCAACCUGGGCGGUGGAAGUGGAGUGAACUAUAUCGGUGGGCCUUCGGCAGCUUUGUCGGCGACGACAUCAUCGCUGGACUGCACGCAGAGCGGCAGCCUCAACUUGCCCCUAUAUCAGACCCCCUACAGUUUAGUUCAUCCGCCCGGACCCAGCGGUCUGUCCACCAACUCGUCUGGUUACUUCAACGCCUCAUCCUCCUCCAAUUCCAUCUACCCCUUCCCUUCCAGUCACGGGAGUAGCAAUAUCAAUAGUAGCAGUAGCGCGUUUAGCAGUAUGAAUGGUCCAACAGCUUCGUCAUCCUCUUCCGCUAAUCAGCUCAUCUACGCCAACGAAAUGCCGUCGGCGACAGGAUCGGCCGUGGGUGGCGGAGCCAUCAAGAAUUCUCGGUCGGGCCCUCCACAGGCGACGUCGGCCAGCGGUAGCAGCGACAGGUCCGACAGUCCCAUGCAAGUGGGCGUUUGCGUCCAGCAAAGUCCCGUAGCAAGCCACUGACAGAUUGUUUUAUUUUAACACAUUUUGAAUUUUGUUUUUCUUCUUCUUUUACGACGCUGUUCUCUUUUGUAGAAACACACACACAGGCAGAGUAGAGAAAGAAAGUGAGCGAGUGAAAGCAAAAGUCGUGUGAAAAUAAUAAUGAAACCACACAACAACCCCCCUUCCCUUCUUAUCCAUCCGGAAUGAAAACCUUGAUGGAUUUUGUUUUGCUCAACCUUAGUACUACUGUAUUUUUCAUGACCGCGAAAUGUUUUUUCUCUCUUUUUUAUAUUAGCGAAAAUAAUUAUGCCACACGACUCCUUACGUCCCCCCCACCACCAAUCGAAUUAUCUGCAAUGUUUUAUUCCCGAAUUUUUUAAAAAGAGAAUCCCGAAUCAAUCACCCGAUUUUUUUUUGUGUUUAAAGCAAAAGAAAAAAAAUGAAUACCAACCUGAAAUGAUUUUCUAGAAAAAUAAUAAUAAUUAGCUGGUUUGACGCGGAAAGAGUUCCUAUCCAUCGUCGUCUCCCCCUCUACAAACUGCCUCAUUUUGAUUAUUAGUAGCAUCAAAAGCCGAUCCUUCUUAAUAUAAUUUCUCCUCCGCAACUACUACAUCAACUUCACUCUCCUCCGAAUCUGUCUUUUUAAAAAUUAGAUCCGCGAAUAAAAAAAGCGACCAAAAUGAACAAAAAAGAGAAACAUGUAAAAAAAAACACCAAAACCCCCAAAUAUAGCUUAAGACAUGAGUUUUUAAAAAAUGGAAAAAAAAAAUAAUGCAAUCGAUGAUUUCCCCGUACUAAAUAAAUGUAUUUGCAUACGCCGAGAAUAAGGAAUCAGACAGGGAACCUGUGCGUGUCUUUAAUUCUUUUUGUUUAUUUGUGUGUGUGUGUUCCUUUUUCCUGGUGGCUCGAGAGAGAGAGAGAGAUGCGUGUGUGUUUUAAUUUAUUCGGCUCUUCUCGUAUGUGUAGACAAAUAUUUUCUUUCGUCUGUUUGUUUUCUUCCCAUCUUUUAUAGACAAGAGAAUUCUUCAUCGACGGUAAAAAUAACGAUACAAUUUGUUGGAUUGUUUGUUGUUUUUUUAAGGAUAAAUAUCCCCCC